GGACGGUGGCUGGACGGCCGUACAGCUUCCUGCGAUCGCGUCCCACGGCCGGCUGGGCGGCGGGCGGGCGCUGUCGCCAUGAAACUGUACAGCCUCAGCGUCCUUUACAAAGGCGAGCCCAAGGCGGUGCUUCUCAAAGCCGCGUACGACGUGUCCUCCUUCAGCUUCUUCCAGAGGUCCAGUGUUCAGGAAUUCAUGACCUUUACAAGUCAGCUGAUUGUGGAGCGCUCAGUGAAAGGCAGCCGAGCAUCUGUCAAAGAACAAGAGUAUCUGUGCCACGUCUAUGUCCGAAACGACAGCCUCGCAGGUGUCGCCAUUGCUGACAGUGAAUAUCCUUCUCGGGUGGCUUUUACCUUGCUGGAGAAGGUACUAGACGAGUUCUCCAAGCAGGUGGACAGGAUAGAAUGGCCAGUGGGAUCUCCUGCUACAAUCCGUUUUGACACCUUGGAGCUUCACCUUAAUAAAUACCAGAAUCCCCGAGAAGCUGACCCCAUGACCAAAGUGCAGGCUGAACUUGAUGAGACUAAAAUCAUUCUGCACAACACCAUGGAGUCUUUGCUAGAGCGCGGAGAGAAGCUAGAUGACUUGGUGUCCAAAUCCGAAGUGCUUGGAACGCAGUCUAAAGCCUUCUAUAAAACUGCCCGGAAGCAAAACUCGUGCUGUGCAAUCAUGUGAUGCCAGCCUGCAGAGACUCCUGCGCUGGAAAAGUCACUGUCAUUCACAAGAAAAACUGUAAAACACCCAGAAAAGAAGAAACUGUCUCCGAACAGGACCCAGAGUUGGGGACACUUUUCCGGUUUUUUAAUUUUUUUUUAUUUUGGGAGUUUCCUGGGGGAAACCGAGGAGGGUGGUGGAAGGGAUCUGGUAGGUCGUGGAAUGUUCACAUUCGUAUGUCAUGUUGUAAUUUCUGGAAAGAUCAUUUGAGGUCCCUAAAGGCAUGUUUUUUGGGCCAAAUGAAACCAUAAACUCUCAGUGACUCCUGUAGAUGCUGAAGGACUCAGUUCGCAGGCCUUGUCUUGUCCCCCAAGAAGAACCCUGGCAUCAGUAGAUCAAAGCCCGUCUUUCUCUUUGGUCUGUCAGUUAUAUUAACGUAGAAGAAAGUCACUCCAGCCAACAGGAGGGUGUUCCCUGACUGCCGUGCGGCUGUCCAUCAAAAGGCCCAGCUGAGUGGUUGGUGGUCAGGCAUUCAGUGCAGGUGUCCUGAGGAGACAGACAGUAGGCAUUGCAGAUUGCUGAGACAGCAGCUCCGUCCCGUGUUUUUGAAGAUUGACUUCUUGUGGCAUGUGGGGUCCGUCUCAAGCACUAUUGUCAUGGCAGUACCACAAAGCUGACUUCAGUGGACAUGGUCAGGGAAUCUGAGCGUCUUGGCGAGAGUCUUUGGGCAAUGGCUACCUCAACCAACAAGUUGGGAGUUAGAGCCAGAAAAGCGUUUGUUUUGUUUUUUUCUCUUUAGUGCUGAGGUGGUCCGCUGGAAGUCAUCUUCAGGGGGGAAUCCAAGCCAAUGUUUAUGGAGCUGUCCCGGUGGCAUCUGCCUUGAUUUGUGAUUUGGUUUUACGUCAAACCCCGGGAUCAAAGCAGUGUGCCCGAUAGUCAUCUCUAGACUGGUUUUCAUUUGCCUCUCUGGCUAUCUACCUUCCUCAGCUACUGCCUGGGGUCCAGGAGUCUUAACAACUGGGAGCUCUCUCCAGUCUCCCUCUAGCCCAGCGUUUUGCCUCAGGAGAAUGGCUGCCUGGCUGGAGGAGCCAUGCCAGUGGGUUGCUCCUGGGGGGAGUGGGCUGCUCUCCUGGGGCUCAGAAGCCUCUUUGGUCCCACAGGAGGCCUGCCACUGCCCAGUGCUAGAGAGAGCCUCCUGAGAGAGGCCCAGGAGGUUCAGUGGUGUCCACUUGGCUAGCCUAGGCCCUGAUGCCAUGUUUCAUACUGUCUGGUCCGUGCUGCGCUAUGCUUCGAGGACACAGGCUCUUGUACCUUUGGGGAUCCUGUCCACAGGUCCCUGCUUCACGAGAUGGUGCCAUCCCACCAGAUUUUUAACCAGCAUGGGUUUCCUCCUUGUGAACCGUUCUCUUGGGCUUGUCUCCCUUGUCCUGUUUUUGAACCACCCAAGAGGUCCCACUCUCCCCCAUGGAAGUGCCAGGCAGCCAGCAGUCCGUGCAGGGGCUGGGAUGGAACCUAGCCGGUGCCUGAGACCCUGCCAUCUGGGUACUCUGCGGACCAAAGAUCUUUUGCUUGCCUGUGUGAUUUUCCUACUGCCAUGGGGCCCCUUCUCCCAGGGCUAGGGCGCCUCUCUUGAUCCUGAGCAGCAGCAUACCCACCGGCCUUGCCCACUGGAGUCCCGGUGGCUGAAAUGUGAGGUUCACUCAGGUGUGUGGAUGUCUGACCAAGCAUCUGGGACUUUGCCCCUCUGGGGAUCUUUCAAGCUGCUCCCCUUGUCCCUUACAUACGAAGGCACUGACUUUGCCUUUAGCCCUUGGUGGGUUUUUGCCACAUUUCAGGCUCUACCGUGGCCUGCCCUCCCUGCAGGGGGAGCAAAGAACAAUGCAAGGGGAGGUGGCGGGGGUGUCCCUGUGGGACAAGACACGGACAUGAGUUGGGCAGCAUGGGUUGGGCUGCUCCCUGGAAGGGGCUUGGCUCUAGUAGCCUCUGCCCCAAGACUGCUCUCCUGUUUCACUGACAAAGUGUGUAACUGCUACCUAACUUGUUUCUCGUGUUCUGUUUUGAGAUUCCUGUCUGGAUAAAGCUGUCUGUAGAAAUUCCAA